UUAAAGAACAAACCGAUAUUUCUCACAUUUCAAAGCCAUGAUUAAGUCAUGAGUAAGUUUUAAGCACUCGAACUUCAAGUUAUUAAAAUUAAGGGGGAAAAGCUAAUUAAAAUUAUUAAAACUCUUUCUAUAACUACGCAAUAUCAAGCCAGUCAAGCUCCGAGAAGUUUCUUUUGUAUCGUAUAUUGCUUUUCGUUUUUAAAGAUAAGAUAACUUUAAUGUCUCAAUAUAGAUGUUGUUUGCAAGCUGUUUAGAUUGUGAUUCAGUAUUAGAAAGAACACGAAAGAAAAAUGUGGUCGAUUUUAGACAUUGUCUUGUGUAUAAUUUCUUGCAUAAUUCCAAACAUCGGUGGAUUCGUGGGAUCUUUGUUUACAGAAACAAAAGAUGUACCUGGUACCUGGUAUGGCGAUUUGGACAAACCUUCUUUCAAUCCGCCAACAUGGGUGUUUCUUCCUGCAUGGACAACAUUUUACAUCUUAAUCGGAUUUGCAGCAUUUAAAGUUUGGCAUAAAGAGAAAACAAUGCACAAAAGAUUAACAAAGCUGGGAAUGUUGGCGCUAACUUUAUAUGCUAUUCAGCUAGUACUUAAUUGGUUUUGGACUCCGAUAUUUUUCAAUUUGCAGGCACUUGGUUGGGCAUUCUUUGAGAUUGUAAUUUUAUGGGUCUUCGUUAUAGCAACUACGUUCUUAUUUUUCCGUAUUGAUUUACUCGGUGGGUUAUGUAUGUUGCCAUAUUGUGGAUGGAUCACAUUUGCUUCUAUCCUUAAUUUUACUCUUUGGCAAUUAAAUAAAUAGAAUAAACAUGUGACCCAAUCUUUAAUGACUUCUUAUUUUUCAUUAACCAGAUAAGAAUUUUCAAGUGUUGAUGCAAUUGUAACAUUUCAUUUUAUAAUCAUUUGCAGCAAAUAAGAUUAUGCAGAAGUGCCCAACUCUGGCACAAAAAAAUAACGAUAAGGUUUAAUAAAUUUAUCUACUGCU